UAUUUCCGCGGCGUGUGUUUAGCGGUCCUGAUGUAGCUAAACAAAACUUUGUCUCAGGUACACACGAGCAAGGAAUAAACGAAUACAAGAGCUCUGUAGAAAAAAAAAAUUUAAAUUCACUAUGAGUGACGACGCGGACAACCCUCCUGAGAGGGAAAUGAAGGAUUUUCAGUUUCGUCAGAUGAAGAAAACCAGAGUGUUUGAGCCUGCUGAAGAUUUGCCAAAAGACAGAUCCAGCCUUCUUACCGUCUCAAAUAAAUAUGGUUUAACUUUUGUGGGGCUUGACAGAACAUUCAAGGUGUACUUAACUCGAGAUAUUUUGGCUGCUGACAAAGCAGAUGGCAACUCCAACGAAAUAGUCAAAGGGAUACCAGCACUGGCUGAGGUGACCGUGGAACUGGUUCUGCACCAUUUGGCUCUCAGUUGUGAUGAGCUCACACUGUCAGUGUGUGGCAUGUCUGAUGAGGCUGGUUUGUCGCUCACAUUCUAUGAUGUCCGUACAUUCAUGAACAAGGGAAGACCACAGAAGCUACCGUUUGCAUCCCACCAGCCAGCUGUAGCAUCUGACGUCUUAGUGCAGGACCUGAAGUGGAAUCCUGCUCAGGCAUCCGUGUUGUCUGCUUGCCUUUCUGAUGGCAGUAUGCUGAUUUUGGAUGUUACUGACAGUGCCAAGGUGCAGGCCAUGCUGCCUCCUUCAAGUGGAAUCACCUGCAUUUGCUGGAGCCCAAAAGGAAAGCAAGUUGCUGCUGGAAAAAUGGAUGGCACAGUCACACAGUAUACACCAGGACUAGAGGAAAAGAAAGUCAUCCCAUGCCCACAGUUCUUCACCAUUGGUGAUCCCGUCAAAGCUCUGGAUGUACUGUGGCUGAAAACCUAUGUGUUUGCAGUGGCAUAUGCUGCUGGAGAUGGCUCACUUGAGACCCCUCCUGAGCUAGUGUUGAUCUCACUCCCUAAAAAGGAUGAGAAAGUGGAGCCAAAGUUUCUGAGCUUUGGUGAGGUUGUUUUUGGCAGCUGCACAGAGCGUCAGCACCACUACUUCCUCAGUCAUGUAGAGGACUGGGACCUUGUGUUUGCAGCAUCAGCAGCUUCCAUUGAGGUCAGCGUCAUCGCCAGACAAGACGACAAGAUGUGGGAACUUUGGCUCCUGGAAGAUUCAAGCAGGGCUGAGCUUCCCGUGACUGAUACAAAUGAAGACACUUUGCCCCUUGGCUUAGCUAUAGACUACACCAGCCAGCAGGAAAUCCACAUCACUGAUGAGAAGACCUUGCCCCCAGCACCCACAAUGCUAAUGCUUUCCACAGAGGGAUUACUCUGCCCGUUUGCUCUGCUCAACCUCAAUCCAGGAGUUAAGCAGUUAGUCUUGCCUCCUUCUAACCUGUCUUUGGAAGGGGAGAGACUGCCCAAACCAGGCUCUUUAGCAACCCAACCACCCAAACUUGCUGCCUCCAUUCCAUCUGCCUCAGCAGCAUUCCCAAGCCUUGGUCUUACUCCAACAGCUGCUUCCAGUUCUCCAGCCCCUGCAAUCUCAUCUACUAUCACACCAUUCAGCGUCGUUCCAAAAGCUCCUGUGUCAUCAUCAGCAUCAGGCUUCAUUUUCUCGGUACCAACUACCUGCUCCACUUCAGCUCCUUCAGCUUUCUCCCUGGGGGGGUCUGCAUCUUUUGGCGUAGGAUCUUCAGGCUUCCCUUUUGCUUCUAAGCCUCCCUCUGACACACCCACUGCACCUUCAGCUUUUACUUUCAACAACCUUUCUGUCAAACCAUCAGCACCACCAGGUCUAACUCCUCAGAGCCUUGCUGCCACCACUUCCCAACCUACAGUUAAACUGAAUCUAAAUGAGAGGUUUUCAACAGUGGAGACUCCACAACCUGCUUUCUCCUUUAAUUCCUCACUCCCCAAAACAGUUGCCUCCAGUUCCAGUAGUUUAGCUGCCCCUCUGUCUUCAACCAAUAAGCCGCCAGCUGUUUUGGGCCCAGUGCAUCCAGUUCAAACAAGUGCAUCUCCCGCAGUUGUCCAGAAACCUCCUCCUGCUGCUCAGGGCCGUGCACAAGCUCCACAGGCUGGUGUCAGUGUGAAGGCCCUGGAGAAACAGUUACAGCAAAAGAAAGACUCUGAUCCCAUCAUGGCUGGCAUAUUGGAGGAGAUUGCACACUUCCAGAAGGAGUUGGAUGACCUUAAGACACGGAGCACAAAAGCUGACUUUAAGGUUGGCACUGAUGACGAGAUGAAGGAGUUGAGGAAAGAGUCAGAAGACCUCCAUAUUUUCACCCUGGAAAUCAAGGAAACUACAGAGUCACUCCAUGGUGACAUUGGCACACUGAAAACUUCAUUACUGGAAGGCUUUGCUGGGGCAGAAGAAGGCAAGACCCAGAGUGAGCUCAGCAAAGACAGAAAUUACAGACAGCUGCUUUACAAGAAGCCUCUGGACCCACGCAGCGAGGAACAGCUCAAGGAGAUUCGCAGGCUAUACCAGUACGUUAUGUUUGCUGUGGAGGAUGUUAAUGAUGUCUUGGACGUGGAAUGGGAGAAACACUUGGAGAAGAAGAAAAAGCAGAAGCACAUGGUUGUGCCCGGGCGCGAGGGUCUGUUCACUACACUGUCCAACAACCUGUACAUCAUCAACCAACAGAAGAACAGACUGGACCAGCUGGUUAAGGAGCUCACUUCACUACGCCUCUACAGCAAAACAACCACUCCUGCUAUAAACCCAAGUCCUGCAAUAGCAACAACAGCUGGUUUGGAAAGUGAGCUUGAGACUUUAAGGGAUGCACUCUUGAAAACAAGGCUGGACCCUGCCCCUUCUAAGGCCAAAUCUCCAGCAGUCAAGAUAUCACCAGUUAAGCAGUCCCAGCUGCGCAACUUUCUCUCAAAGGGACAGAUGCCUCCUGUCCGCUCAACUGCACCAGCCAACCUGUCUCGCUCAGCCUUCCUUUCACCUAAGUACUAUGAGGAUUUGGAUGAUGCGAGUUCAACAUCUUCCCUGUCCCAGUCCCUGGAGCCUCACCCACCUCACUUGGAGCAGGAAGAAGAGGAGCUGCAGCCACGACUCCCUCCCAUGUCUGCCAUACCUCCAGCAUUGUCCAACCCCCGCCACCCUACAGUUGUGAGGACCCCCUCUAUCCAGCCGGGCUUUGGAGCCAUCCAGUCCACCCCUUUAUCUAAACUUCACUCAGGACAGGGUAUGGGCUUUGGACUCAGUCCUAUUGCCAGCCCCAUUCCAACAAAUAAGAUCAACCUCAGCGGGGCUGAGAGCACUGCUCUCGCAACAAAGACAGUCAAGCAUGGAGCUCCCCCAACUGAGAGGACCGUACCUGUCACUAUCUCUGCCCAACAGGCUGCAGCCACUGCGGCUCUACGCAGGCAGAUGGCCACUCAGAAGUCGGCUGUCAUCAAUACUUCGUUGACAGAGUCCACCUUGAAGAAUGUUCCUCAGGUGGUCAAUGUUCAAGAAUUUAAGGACAAAGGGCCUCCUGUGGCAGUUUCUUCCAACAUCAGCUCCUUGGUGCCAGAUCCAGCAUCUCAGGUCUUUGCAACAGUUUCUUCCAACCAGGCCAAACGAAAUCCUGUCCAAGGUGUCCAAAAGAUGCCUGCUGAAACUACAGCCACAACCGUCCCACAGGGCAGUUUUGUUUUUGGUCAGCCAUCCAAAACGGAUGUUUCUGUCACUCCUGCUAGCUCAGCAGAGCAAAGCACCAGCAAAGGUUUUUCCUUCACGUCAAUGUCCUCAGGCUUCAGUUUUACUUCAGUUACACCAGGAGCUGGAAUGUCACAAGUGAAAGAUGCAAGUAAAUUUUCCUUUGGAAAUGGUAAGAUGAUGUUUGGCCAGAGUGGAGAAGAGCCAUUCUCCUUUACCUCAAAGUCCAGCUCCCCUGGUCUUGGAACCGGGUCUCCUACUUUGGCUCCAAACAUAUCAGGUGAAGGUGCUAAACCCACUUCAACCACAGCUGCUCUGAGAAUAGAGCCACAGCCCCCAAAAACAGUUGGUGGAGAGACUCUGGGCAUUUUUUCAGGACUACGUGUGGGCCAAGGAGAAGAAGCUAAAGAUUCCUCCGCCAAACCUGCUGCUGUUGCUGCUGCUGCUGCUGCUGCAUUUACCUUUGGGGAUGCUGGACUUGGCAAGGGUAAGGGAGCAACGCAGUUUAGCUGCGGAGCAGGUCUCCCAAAAUCUGGAGAAGAUUCUGCAGCAGCAGACUUGUCCAAGAGUCCACCGUCAGGCAGUCUGUUUAAGCCUCCCGAAUCAAACGCCAAGCCAGCCUUCUCUGUUCCACAGUCCACUUCAUCUGCCUCAGCUUUCCCUACAUCUUUUAGUAGUCUUCUUGCAGCCACUCCAGAGACACCGGAAGAACCAAAAGCUGUCCCUCAAUCUUCAGAACCUACUUCGCCCCCUGAAAAAGAACCUACCACCACAGAACCUGAUGUAGAGAGCAUCAGUCGUCCUGUAAUAUCUGAGCCUGCUGCAGCCACCACAGCAACCACACAACCCCCCACAGCAUCAACGCCUGCACCUGCUUUGGUUACAACUGCCCGUACUCAAGACCCUCCCUCCACUGUCACCGCUCCAAAUGAAGCAGCUCCUCCAGUACCAGUCAGUGCUCCGUCCACAGCAGAAGCCACCCCAGAGCCUUCUACCACUGCUUCUGUACCCACUUCAACUGAUGCCACUGCAGCACCUGUAUCCCAGGCAGCUCUAGCAGCAUUCCAGAUCCCCAGUUCUGACAAGCCAGGUUCCAUUUUUACUCAGCCUGCUCCUGCAACAACAGACAGUAGUUCUCUUGGAGUCACACCAGUUAUCAACACAGCUGUUCCAGCUGCAACCACUCAAACCCCUACCAUUGUUAAUAGUGGAACGGUGACUGCUGCAAAUACCGUAUUUGGGCAACCUGCUGCACCUCCAGCUUCUUCAGCCCCUGCAUCAACAGGAUUCAGCUCAACUGGGUUUGGUGCAGCAACUGGUUUUGGCAAAUCUGUAUUUGGCCAGGUUAGUGGCUUCGGGCAGCCUGCAGGCAACACUGGAACAUCGAGUGGAUUUAGUUUUGGCCAGUCUGCAUUUGGAGCAAGUUCUAGUAGUGCGACUACUGUUGGAGGUCUUUUCGGUGCUCCUACGGCUACUAAUGCAAGUUCUUUCUCCUUUGGAACGAGCAGCGCCAACACAGUCAGUAGCACUGGCACAGGGCUGUUUGGACAAAGCACAGGCCCGGCAUUUGGCCAGAGCUCUGGCUUUGGGCAAGGAUCUGUGUUUGGGAGUAACACAACCACGUCCUCCUCGUCAGGAUUCAGCUUCGGACAACCAUCAGCUUUUGGCUGCUCUCCUGCCACCUCUGUGUUUGGCCAACAGUCUAACAGUGGCAGUGUAUUUGGACAGCAGCAGCCGUCAUCUGUUGGGGGUCUCUUUGGUUCAAGUUCAGCCAAUACAGCAGUCUCAUCUGGUGGUGGAGGAUUCUUCAGUGGCUUGGGAGGGAAGCCAAGCGAGGAUGCUGCAAACAAGAACCCGUUCGGCACCACUUCCUCCACUGGAGGGUUCGGACAGUCUAAUCAGACCGGUACCAACAGUCUCUUUGGUAAUAGUGGUGCCAAGAACUUCAGUUUUGGACAGUCCGCCUUUGGGGAGCAGAAACCUGCUGGGACCUUCACCACUGGUGGAGGGAGUGUCGCAUCCCAGGGCUUUGGCUCAUUCUCUACACCAUCAAAAACAAGUGGUUUUGGCAGUGCUCCAGUGUUUGGGAGUCCUCCAUCUUUUGGUGGUUCCCCAGCAUUUGGUGGUGGAGCAUCAUUUGGCUCAAGCCCUUCAUUCAGUAACCCCAUGGGUUCCUCGGCUGGCAAAGUGUUCGGAGAGGGGACGGCAGCUUCCAACAUGGGAGGAUUUGGGUUUGCCUCACCUCCCAGUGCGCCGUCCUUUGGCACUCUAGCCAAUCAGAGCGCACCAUCAUUCGGGAGCCUGGCCCAGCAAGGACCUGGGUUUGGAAGUCAGCCAAACAGCUUCUCGGGCUUUGGACAACCGCCACAGGCAGGAGGAUUCUCUGGAAGCACCUUUGGGUCUGCAAACCAAUCAAGUUCUCAGACAUUUUCUGGUUGGAGAAGCUAGUUUUAUUAAACCUCGGUGAGCUACUGUAGAUGCCACUGCGACAUUUCUUCCUGCGCUUGAAGCUCUCUGUGCCAUACAGUGGGAGAAGAGAGAGACUGCAUUGCUUUGGGGUUAGCUGCUCGUAUAGCAGACAUAUAUUCAUUACUACUAUUUUGUGUGAUCUUAAUGCUUUUUUUGGACACUGUUAAAUCAAGUUUUGACAUUUUUGACAUACAAGUAAAGAGUGAACACAAUGUAGUUCCGUUUUUUUCAUUAUGCAUACAUCAGGGGGUUAUCUUGCCUUACAAGUACAUUAUUUGCACUUUGAAAACAUGAUGACUUGACUAAAAAAAAAUACUUUAAUGCUUUUAAGGUUUUCACUCUUUAACUUUGUAAAGCUGGUUAAACUAAGUAAAACAACAUUCAGCCAACUUUUAUGUUGAUGCCAAUGCAGACUUCAAGAGAUACAUGUGAAAAAUGCAAAACUUGAAGGUGUAUAUUAAUGAAAGAUAAAGGAAUUUUAAAUUUGAGUCAUAGAAAUAAGAAAUGUUUGUUUUUCCCCCAGUAAAUUCAUCCCCUGGAUGUGUAUUUUUACAUGGAAAACUAAGA